GACAACUGGAGAAAAAUUAGUAUUUUCUACCUUCACAAAUUAAUGGCCAUGAGUUCGUAUAUGGUCAACUCCAAGUAUGUGGAUCCCAAAUUUCCUCCCUGCGAGGAAUAUUCGCAGAAUAACUACAUACCUGAGCAGGGUUCGGACUACUUCAACCCCUCGCAGGACACUGACUUUCAGCACCCGGCUAUCUACCCACGCGCCAACUACACGGAGCAAGCGUUUGGCUGCGAUGCGCUGCAACAAGACGCUCCGGUGCAGCCGCGUGGUCACGUCCAAGAGAGAGCCGGUCAUCCGAGCCCCUACGGCGCCCACGCAGAGCCGGGCGAACCGCUGCACGUGGCCGGAGCCAGGACGUGCGGGCAACCGGACGCAAAGAGCCCGAACGGGAUGCACGGCAAACAGCCGGCGGUGGUUUACCCCUGGAUGAAGAAAGUGCACGUCACCACUGUAAACCCGGAUUACACAGGGUCCGAACCCAAACGCUCGCGAACGGCUUACACCCGGCAGCAAGUUCUGGAGCUGGAGAAAGAGUUCCACUUUAAUCGCUACCUGACCAGAAGACGCCGCAUCGAGAUUGCGCACACGCUUUGUUUAUCCGAGAGGCAGAUAAAAAUUUGGUUCCAAAACAGGAGAAUGAAGUGGAAGAAGGACCACAAACUGCCCAACACCAAGGGCAGGUCGGUGCCGAACCACGGACACCUGCACAAGGACAACCACACUGACAUAACGUCUUUAUAA